GUUCCAAAAAGAAAAUAUUGACAAUGCUCCAAACGAGCCAAUUAUAAAAGUAAUGUCCAUCAUACCUGUCGAUAAUUUGAAUGUAGACGAAUUUCCUCUUUUCUCUACCCACGAAGAGGAUGCCACUGAGAACCACUGUUCUAUAAAACGCGGCCGACGUAGGCCACCUGCAAAGUCUGUAAGACGUAGUCGACGUAAACAACCUAAAAAACUCGACAUAAAAAAAUCAAAAGAAAAUUCUGGAAAGCGUCGCAUGGGAAGACCAUCAGUAAAGCCCACCAAAUAUGAUCCAAGUAAAUUCAAAAAUACUAUAAAACGGAAUCGAGGUAGACCCCCCAACUAUCCGAUCAAACUUAAAAUGUCAAAAGAAAAACGUAGAAGUUGCAGGGGAAAGGAAGAGAUUCCAUUUAAUUAUAGAUGUGGUCAUUGCGAGCGUAGAGAAAGAUAUCCGUGUGAUAUAAUUAAUCAUAACCAUAACGAUCAUGCGGGACUUGAUCUGCAUAUGAUGUACUGGGAUGAAGACUGCAAACAAUGGAAGUGUUGUGAGAAAGUUGACGAUUUUCUAAAUGAUGCACCACUCGUAGAACAAACAGAGGAGAAUCAACAGGAUGUUCAGUAAAAAAAAGUCGUUUUUUUUUUACUUCAAAAUUAUUUUCAAUGUUUUUUCUGAUUGAAGGCAUCUGAAAAAGCGCUCUUAUACUAAAUAUUACUUGCUUAUAACUUGCUUAUAACUUGCUUAUAAGCGAUAUUCUACUUAUAUUAUUGGAAAUGGGAGUUUUUCAAGUAAAUUUAAGAUUUUAUUUUGUUAUUUGAAUUUUAUAAUUGUUAUUUCUAUUUUCAUGUCGAUAGAUAUAUUUACACUCAUAGCAAUUAGUUAUAGUUUUAAACUACACACACACGCGCGCGCGCUUGCGCAUGCGUCAUUACUGAAAAUAUUGCACUUAAUGCAAUGCUUAAAAAAGACACUUUUUUCUUUACAUUUAUAUUUUUAUCAAAAUAUUAGCAUGAUCAUUAUGUUAUGU